AACUUCAAUUUGCGGAACUUUUGAAACAACAAAAAGAUGAGUUUCUACACGUAAUGGCACCUACUAAGCUGCACAUUAUUUGGACAGAACUUUGUCAUGGCAUCCGCGUUGGUGCAGAAGAAGCUGACAAAUGGUGGACGACUAUUGUAAAUAAAUACACGGAAAUACAGCGGCAUUAUCACACGCUUGACCACAUAGCAGAUAUGUUUGUCUGCUACAACAACUGGAAACAACGAUUAGGGAACUGUAGCGCAGUCGCAUUAGCAAUAUUCUUCCACGAUAUCGUGUAUGAUCCGAAGUCUUCAAGCAAUGAACAAGACAGUAUACAGAUGUUCAGGGACUUUGCCCAUGAAGCUGAAUUAGAUGCGUAUCUUAGAGAUGCAACAAUACAGCUGAUAGACGCAACCAUCACUCAUGUUGCCGUUGGCAACAGGGACUUGAAGUUUUUCCUGGAUUUUGAUAUGGCAGUGCUAGGUCGACCAGCUGAUGGUUACAGCGACUACGCCAGGCAGAUACAGAGAGAGUACUGUCAUCUGGACACUGCAACAUUCAACUCCAAGAGAGCUCAGGUUCUACAGAACUUCCUUGCCAGGGAUCACAUCUUCUCUACAGAAGAGUUUACACAGUUGUAUGAAGAAAAAGCACGGAGCAACAUGGCAAGAGAGAUCAGUGUUCUUCAGUCACAAUCUGCUUGAUGCUGUACAAUGGAACAUUCUCAAUCACAGUAUUGUACUAACUGUGAGUCGUGACUCAUCAUCUGAUUCAAUUUGGUUUUAUCUAAGAGAGAGGGGUUAUAAUAUUCCAGGCACCUAUAGUCUGUUUGCAGUGAAAAUGUACCGAUAAAUUUCACUUUAAACAAAACAGUAAAUCAAAUUAAGUGAAAUUAAAAUCGCGAAUCCUC